UCUUGUUCCUCAGAGCUGUGCCUAAUGUCCCACACUCUUGUUCCUCAGAGCUGUGCCUAAUGUCCCACACUCUUGUUCCUCAGAGCUGUGCCUAAUGUCCCACACUCUUGUUCCUCAGAGCUGUGCCUAAUGUCCCACACUCUUGUUCCUCAGAGCUGUGCCUAAUGUCCCACACUCUUGUUCCUCAGAGCUGUGCCUAAUGUCCCACACUCUUGUUCCUCAGAGCUGUGCCUAAUGUCCCACACUCUUGUUCCUCAGAGCUGUGCCUAAUGUCCCACACUCUUGUUCCUCAGAGCUGUGCCUAAUGUCCCACACUCUUGUUCCUCAGAGCUGUGCCUAAUGUCCCACACUCUUGUUCCUCAGAGCUGUGCCUAAUGUCCGACACUCUUGGGGGGUUCGAGGUGGAUGGGCCUGUUAAGAAGAGCUUAGUGGGGGUGUCUGGCGCUCGCGACGACACCCCAAAGAAGAGCUGCUUUCAGAGAGAACUGGACAAACUGAGGGGUCAUUUCCAGCUGCUGUCUGUCCUGCCAGCAGACACUCGUUCCUCUCUGCUCCAGCUCCUCAAGACAACCCUGGAGGACAGAGAGACAGUCAGUGUGCUGGAGAGUGUGCUGGACCAGAUGUGCACAGGGAAGACAGCUGACCUGGGGGAGGUUAAGGAAGUGUCUCAGAUGCAGACAGUCCAGGCCAUACUGAACCUUCUAGAGCAUUCGGACUCCAGCCCAACACACUCUGUCCUCAGUGAUUCCAGCCAGAAACCCUCCCUCAGUGAUUCCAGCCAGACACCAUCCCUCAGUGAUUCCAGCCAGACACCAUCCCUCAGUGAUUCCAGCCAGACACCAUCCCUCAGUGAUUCCAGCCAGACACCAUCCCUCAGUGAUUCCAGCCAGACACCCACCCUCCUCAAUGCCACUCAUCUCAUUGUCAGUGCCAUGGAUGGAAUGACAGAUGAAGGUCUCUCUGUGUUGGGAUCCUGUUGCAGUCCUCCAGUCUUACAGGCCCUGCAGAUCCUGGUGCAGCAUGUGGCAGCAGGGAGUGGGGAGACCCUCUCUCUGAGAGAUGCAGGUCUGGCUGUUCUGACUGAGGAGGACGUGUAUCAGAGGACAGAGAGUCUCUUUGGUCACUCUGAAGUUACACUGAAGAGAGAGGAGGACACACUGAGGACAGAGAUGAAGGACCAGCCUGGAUACCUUCCUCUAGUCAUGAGUAUCACUGUGAAAGGCCUGGCCUCUUUAGUUUAAGGAGAGACUGAGUGAGAGAGGGAGGAGCGGUUUCCUUCCUCUCCGGCAACUGAGUUAGGAAGGGCGCCUGUAUCUUUGUAGUGACUGGGUGUAUUGAUACACCAUCCAAAGUGUAAUUCAUAACUUCA